CUAUAAUUUUUGACAUAUCCAUCUAUCCAAUUUGACAACACCCAACAAAAGGAUUUUUGUUAUCAAAUUUUCCUGUAAUUACCAAUUAUUCGAAUAUAGCAUUGCGUCAUCAUAAUAUUUUGCUUCUGACAGCACUUACGUGUACGUUAGAUUUCCAGAAAAUGGCAGAAAUGGGUGAAAAAUAUAAUACAAAAUGUCCUGGUGUGAAACGCCUUAUGAGAGAGGCACUGGAACUUGCGGAAGCCACAGAGGAGUAUUGCGCGCGACCCCUAGAGGAUAACUUAUUCGAGUGGCACUUCACCGUUCAGGGUCCGAAAGGAACGGAGUUCGAGGGAGGUAUUUACCAUGGAAGAAUACUACUGCCUAAAGAAUACCCUAUGCACCCACCGCAUAUCAUUCUUCUCACGCCAAAUGGGAGAUUUGAAGUGAAUAAAAAGAUUUGUUUGUCUAUUUCUGGCCAUCACCCAGAGACAUGGCAGCCAUCAUGGUCUAUCAGGACAGCUUUGCUGGCAUUAAUCGCUUUUAUGCCAACACCUGCUGAAGGAACAAUUGGGUCGCUUGACUAUACUCCUGCUGAACGGAAGAUAUUAGCAAAGAAGUCCACCAGUUGGAUGUGUCCCCAAUGUGGUGAAAUCUCAGCAUUGCUGUCAUCUACAGCAGCUAAACCAAUAACUGAAGAAGAGCAGUCCGUAUUAAGUCAAAUAGCAUUUAAGGGUGAAGAAGAACAGGCAGCAAAACCAGCACCAGAAGAGCCAGUACAGGAAGUAGAGCCACAGGUGCUGGAAUCAUCUGAACCCAGUACCAGCUUCUUAGACCAGCUAACUGAGAUUCUAGUUGCUCUGCUAUUAGGAGCCAUUGGUAUAUUUAUUUAUAGACGCUGGAGUGCAUACCACCCAGCAGCAGAGGCUGAAUUUUAAUUCACAAAGAUCCUUACUGCAUACAUCAUAAGGCCUAAGGAUACUUUGUUUCAAUCAUUGUUCAUAAAAUUUUAUCAAUGUAUUAUUUUCUAUUUUUAAUACAUAGGAAUAAAACAAUAAAUAUUAUGCUCACUUCAUAAGUUUUUUUACAGCACAAUCAUUUUAAAUGUGCAGUAAUAUUUUGAAAAUUUGUGCCUUAAGGAUGGAGAUGGUAUACAUUAAUCUAAGGCAUUGUGUGAUCCUCCAAGAGGCAAACAUCAUCAUCAUACCUGUGGAAUUGUGUGUUUUUGUAGAUAUACAUUUAUUUAUUUCUUUAGAACAAUAUUAUUUUGUAAAAGAGGAAAGGUUUCACUUUUUGUUGUCUAGGAAAGACAUUCUCAUUGAGAAUCAAGAUAGUGAAGUUGGGGAAACAAAUCAAAUGUAAAAAUUCUGGUAACAUUCCAAGGGCUCAGUGUUAGAUACUAAUAAUUAUCUCUUGGGAUUGAGAUAGAGAAUUAUAACUUGUUUAGAUAAUAAGUAGAGCUAAGUUACUUAAAACAUACUGUGUGUAUACUACUUGUAAUUUAUAAACUGCUUUGAAGAAAUUUAUUUGUGUUGCAUAGAUUUUCUUUGACUCAACAUAAUAAAAAUUUGUAAAUUAUGUACAUA